AGUUUGUCGGUGGAAGGCGCGCCGGAGCUGCUGAGCCCUUCGCAGCCGCACUUCAACCACAGGAGAGUCGCUGAGCAUUCAAGACACAUCCUCACCGCGGGUGCCAUCAGGAGGCUUUCUCCUCUUCAUUAUUCGUGAGGAAUCGGCUGAUUCCGUUUCCUGUUCCUCGUGUCGUUGUUACUCAGAGCGGAUGUGUGCAUCGCCCACAGGAGGGCCUUGAUCAAUGUGACCAUAUAACAUCUCGGAUUUCCGUUAACUACAGAACAAGCUGACUGGACAACAACCAGAAAAUCAGGACAUUGAGGCUAUUUUAGAGUUUGGUUUUGGAAAUGUCACCUUGGACUUGGAUAUUCUGUGCAUUUGCAGUCUUUUAUGUAGGCUUUAAACCUGGAACUGAAGCAUAUGAUGAAUUUACCAGCUCCACAAGCCUGCUACAUUUGGCCAUGGAUAACAGCACCGGGCGAGUGUAUGUUGGGGCUGUGAAUUUCCUCUAUCAACUAACAUCAGGCCUCCAACCGGAAGUGAGAGUAGAAACUGGUCCAAAACUUGAUGGUGCAGAUUGUUGGCCACCAAUAAAAGAUUCAGACUGCUCCAAUCCAGUACAAACUCCAAAUUACAAUAAACUUCUUUUAAUAGACAAAAACAUGGAUAGACUUGUAAUAUGUGGAAGUAUAUAUAAAGGAAUUUGCUCAUUACGGCAGUUGAAUAACAUCAGUCAAGUCAAAUAUGAAAACUUGAACGGUGGCGAAGCUACAUUUGUUGCAAGCAAUAAAUCGAAUGUGGGUCUCAUAACUAUUGCGAGUGACCCAACUGGGCAAACCGUGUGGGUGAUGUUUGUUGGAAAGAGUUUUGAAAAUUAUGCAAAUGCAAUAAUUAGCACCAGAGUACUCUCUCAAACAAAACCGAACCAAUAUUUUGUGCUUGUUCACGAUUCUUCAGCCGUGAAACCAGAUUCUGCACAGUAUCAACAUGACUUUAAAUUUUCAUUUGAAGAUGGUGGCUUUGUUUAUUUCAUUUUUUCUCGAACAGAUGGAGGACAACAGGAACCUAAAACCUACAUAUCACGUCUUUGUGUUUCUGAUAUCUUUUACUAUUCCUAUAUUGAAAUGGUCCUGGGAUGUGGUGAUUAUAAUCUUGUGCAGGCUGCUUACAUCACUAAUCCUGGAGAAAAACUUGCCCAGCAUAUGAACAAUUCAGGUGCCUAUGGAACUAUAACUUCAAUGGAUAAAGUGCUCUUUGCCGUGUUUAACAAAGAUAACCUGAAAACAACCUCUGCUGAUAAAUCGGCUUUCUGCAUAUUCUCCUUGAAGCAGAUAAAUGAAAAGAUCGAAGAAUAUAGAGAAAUCUGCUAUGGUAACCAAGGGAAACUAAAUGGAAAGGACAUAAUUUCUAAUCCUUACAAAUCUAUUGGUUUGCACAAUUGCCCUCAAGAGUUUAGGAAGGGGCAAGCAAAGGCAUAUCCUUGUAGUAGUGAACAUCUUCCAUAUCCCAUUGCAAGUAAAGAAGGUAUUAUUGCUGAAUCACUGAAACAAUAUGAUACAAACUUAUCAGCAAUAGCUGUGACUGUGGAGAAUGAAAAUACAAUAGCCUUUUUAGGCAAUGUAAGAGGAGAAAUUCACAAGGUAUUCCUGAACACAGCAGCUAAUGAUCGCAUAGCAGCUAAUGAUUAUCAGACUGUAUACAUGACCCUGAAUAGCAAGGUGAACAGUGAUCUUGUUUUCGAGGCAAAAAGAGAUCACCUGUAUGUCAUGACUGAGAAAAAGAUCACACGUCUGCCAGUACAAGAAUGCAUGAACUACAAAAGUUGUGAAUCUUGUAUUGCAUCUGGAGAUCCUUAUUGUGGUUGGUGUGUAACAGAGGGAAUUUGCUCCAGGAAGUUGAAUUGUGCAAAAGCUGACGAAAAAGAUCAUUGGUUGUGGAGUCUGAACAAACAAUGUCCGGCAGUUAUUAGUGCUGUUCCUCAGAACAUGAGUCGAAAUGAACAAGGCAAGGUGCAACUGAACAUAGACCCAUUUCCUGCUUUAACGGACCAAGACCAUAUAGAAUGUUUUUUUAAUAAUAUCAAAAGUAAUGAUCCAAAACUCUCAUCAGGAUCUGUUACUUGUUUGUCUCCACUUGUCCAUAAUAUAGGUGCUACGCCUCCAGGUCAAGUUUAUGUUGAUGUUGAGGUGAAACUGAACAUUAUCAGUGGAGGAAGACCAAUACUUUUCACAAGGACCAACUACUCAUUUUAUGACUGUAAUGCAACCAUGACACUGUUUCCAAAUAUUCCGUGUGAUUCAUGUGUAAGGAGCAAGUGGACUUGUCACUGGGAUAUUUCAGAACACAGGUGCAAAGAUGGUAGCGGGAAAGCAGAUCAAUCAAAUAUUGUUCAAAGUAAAAUGGCUCAAGACUGUCCACGAUUUGAAAAUCCAUCAGCACAAUUAAUUCCAUUGAGCGCGAAUGCUAGUAUUACAUUUCAAGGGAAGAAUUUAAGUUUCUAUCGGGACAAGACAUUCAGACUGAUAAUUGCUGACAAUUUAACGAAAAAGAAUCUUAGUGUGGAAAGGGAGCCAUCAGAUAUGUUUUCGAGUGAAACAUUUAAGCUUUCCAAGACUCAAAAUGAAACCCGUAUCAUUCAUUUCUCUGUACAAGUAGAAAGGAAAACAAUAGACAGCAGGUUAGAUGUGACUCUUUACAGUUGUGGAUACAGCAACAAGGACUGUAGUCUGUGUCUCAAUGCUGAUGAAAAAUAUAACUGUGUUUGGUGUAAAAAUACCCAAGAAUGUGUUUUUAAAGACCUUUGUGCUGAUGCUAUUCAUAAGGCUGAUAUGUGUCCACCUCCAACUAUUUCACAGCUGGAUCCCUUAAAUGGACCCCUUGAGGGAGGAAUUCUUCUGACCAUCAAAGGCUCAAAUCUUGGAACAAGAUAUGAUGAUAUCAGCGAAAUCAAAGUUGGGGAUGCUGUUUGCAAUCAAAUCAAAGAACAAUACUCCACCUCUGUCAGGGUUGUUUGUGAAUUAAGUAAAGUUUCGGGAAACCAGACUAAUUUUGUUCACAUUAAGACAAAAAAUAACAAAGAAGGCACUUCCAAAAGCAUGUUCUCAUAUAAGAACCCUCUGCCUAUUUCUAUUACUCCUCAACGAGGGAUAUAUGCUGGAGGAACGAGUCUAACAAUUGAAGGAACGGACUUAAAUAUUGGAAAGCAAGAGGAUGUAAAAGUGAUGUUGGAUAACAUACCGUGCACUCUGACAAUAUUUAAUGAAAGCCUGAUCUGUAUCACAGGCCCUUAUAAGGAAAAACGAGAUCCACCUGCUAAAGGUGGUGUCAAAAAUCAUACUGUUUCUGUUCAGUACGGGAAAACUGCAAAGAAAGUAGUUGAGAAUUACCAAUUUUCAUAUGUCCCCAAUCCAGUAAUCUAUACAAUUGAUCCACAAAAAAGUAUCUACAGCGGGGGAAGAAAUAUCACAGUGACUGGACAGGGAUUUGAUGCUGUACAGAAACGAAUUAUGAGAGUGAAAGUAAUGGAGAACGGACAGCUAAGUGAAUUACUUGUAGAAAAGAAUGAAACUAAAGCAUUAAAAUGUUCCAAUAAUUCGAUGCUCAUUUUCCCAUCACCUCCUGCAAACCAGAAGAACGUUUAUAUCUUUGUCAUAUUGGACAAUUUUUCUGAAAAUAAGACCUUUGACUAUGUAGAGGAUCCAGUCUUUGAGAAUUUUACAAAUUCCGUAUUCGUACUCAAACAACCACCAAUCUUUGUUAAGGGAAAACGUCUAAAUGAGGCAAUGACAGCAGAAGAAGUGAAAGCUUACAUUGGAACAGAAGAAUGUAAAGUUACAACGCUUUCUGUGAAGGACUUUGUAUGUACUCCCCCAGAUAAACAGCCAGCACCCAAGAGGGUAAAGAGGGAUGCAAAUGAUGAUCUUCCAGAAUUUGUUGUGAAAAUGGGAUACCGUGAAUACUACCUGGGGAAAGUAAAAUAUGACACUCCUGCACAGCUGCCCCUCGGAAUUAUUUUGCCACUUGUAUUGAUUCCAAUGGCAUUGAUUAUCGGCGUGUCUAUUUACUGCUACAGACGCAAGAGCCAGCAAGCAGAACGCGAGUAUAAGAAGAUUCAACUGCAACUGGAGAGUCUUGAGGAAAGUGUGAGAGACCGAUGCAAGAAAGAGUUCACUGAUUUGGUGACUGAAAUGGAGGACCAUUCAAAUGACCUGAAUGAUGUGGGCAUCCCAUUUCUGGAUUAUAAAACCUACACGGACCGUGUCUUUUUCUUACCAUCAAAGGAUGGAGAAAAUGAUGUCAUGAUAACUGGUAAACUGGACAUUCCAGAGGCAAGACGGCAAUCAGUAGAGUUAGCUCUUAACCAGUUUUCGAACUUACUGAACAGCAAAUCUUUCUUGAUUGACUUUAUCCACACACUGGAGAGUCAGAGAGAUUUCUCGGCAAGAGAGAAAGUUUACUUUGCAUCCUUGCUGACUAUUGCUCUGCAUGGAAAGCUGGAAUACUACACUGACAUCAUGAGGACACUGCUGUUGGAGCUCAUGGAACAAUAUGUUGCUAAAAACCCAAAGCUCAUGCUCAGAAGAUGUGAAACUGUUGUGGAGCGAAUGCUUUCAAACUGGAUGUCUAUCUGCCUGUACCAGUUUCUGAAGGAUUCUGCUGGUGAGCCACUGUACAGGCUAUUCAAAGGGCUUAAGCACCAAGUAGAGAAAGGACCUGUCGAUGCAGAACUAAAAAAGGCAAAAUACACACUAAAUGACACAGGAUUAUUGGGAGAGGAUGUAGAAUAUCAUGUACUGACUUUGAAUGUAAUUGUACAAGAGGAUGCUGGAGAAUCUAUGCCAGUAAAGGUUCUGAGCUGUGACAGUAUAACCCAAGUUAAAGAGAAAAUUCUUGACCAAGUGUACAGAAAUAUUCCUUUUUCGCAAAGGCCUAAGCUAGAUAGUGUUGUUCUUGAAUGGCGUCCAGGUUCUACUGGUCAAAUCCUUUCAGAUCUGGAUGUCACAUCAGAAAGAGAAGGAAAAUGGAGACGUUUAAACACAUUAAAACAUUAUAAUGUACGGGAUUUCUCCACUCUCAUUUUAGUAAGAUCUUCACACGCACAGCAACCUGAUGAUCAUCAGCAGAUUAUUCAUGGAGAAAAAAGUGGAUUAUUAGAAGAAGAUAGGAGAUGGCAUUUAGUCCGGCCAGCAGAUGAAGUCGACGAAAGUAAAUCGAAGCGAGGUAGCAUGAAAGAAAAAGAAAGGACCAAAGCUAUCACAGAAAUAUAUUUAACAAGACUAUUGUCUAUAAAGGGAACACUGCAACAGUUCGUAGAUAAUUUCUUCCAAAAUAUUCUUGGUCCAAAUCAACUUGUUCCAACAGCUGUGAAAUACUACUUUGACUUCCUUGAUGAACAAGCACGUAAGAAUGAAAUAAGUGAUGAAGAAACCAUUCAUAUCUGGAAAACCAACAGUUUGCCAUUAAGGUUCUGGGUAAACAUACUGAAAAACCCACAUUUCAUUUUUGAUGUGAAAGUUAACGAAGUCGUAGAUGCGUCCUUAUCGGUCAUUGCACAGACCCUCAUGGAUGCUUGCACGAAGACUGAUCACAAAUUGAGCAGAGACUCUCCAAGCAACAAGCUGCUUUAUGCAAGAGAAAUUUUCGCAUACAAGAAAAUGGUGGAGGACUAUUACAAAGGUAUUCGUCAGAUGGUGCAAGUCAGUGAUCAAGAUAUGAACACACACUUAGCUGAGGUCUCAAGAGCUCAUACAGACAAACUGAAUACGAUGGUAGCAUUGCAUCAGUUAUACCAAUACACAAACAAAUACUAUGACAAGAUAAUAAAUGCCUUAGAAGAAGACCAAGCAGCACAAAAGAUGCAGCUCUCUGUCCGAUUGCAGCAAAUAGCAGCUGCACUUGAGAAUAAAACAACGGACCUUUGACAUGACCAUUUUACAUAAUGGAAGCUCAGAUGUUAAAUUUUAUUACCUAGAAAAGAAAAUAGUGUUAUUUUUACUCUGCUGAUCACCUUUGCAGUUCUUAAUUCAAAGCUUGAAGUCCAUUAUUUUGUAAAUUAACUAAUAUUCUAUAAUAUUGUAUUAUAAACUUGGUCUAUAAAACCUGUGGAGAAUUGUCAAGUAAAAAUGUAAACAACCUAGUUGCUGAUAUGAGAUCGUCUUGUACUGAACUACAUUUUUAUUUUAAAGAAUAUAAAUUAUCUGAGCCCUAAAAAUGCUUUUAUGAUUUGGCCCACAAUUAUGUUAAACUCUGCUAUCAUAGUGGGUUGAGUCUUGUACAGUGCAGUAUGUUGCCUUCUAAUCUAAUGCUUCAUUGUUAAUAGCAAACUUUUUGAAAUUUCAUAUUACAACCAUUAAUAACAGUACUGCCAUUUAUGUGCAUUCUGAUACAUUUUCUAGCUAAUUGUUACAAUGAAAAUGGCAUGAUUUUUAUACUUAUCAUUUUAUCUUGUUCAAAUUGGCAUCAAGAUUAAGAUAGAAACUCUGGAAAGCAUUUCUUAAUUGUAUGUAAAGACCAAGUAGAGAAUGCCUGUAAAUUUAUGUUAAAAUUACAUUUUAGAGGGUUUUUUUUACAAAUAGAGCUAGUGACUACUGAAAUGUCUUUUGAUAUUUUUGAUAUAAUUUGGGAGAUGGUAUGGCAAAUAAAUUCAGCUUUUUAUUUA